CGAUUCUGUUCCACUUUUCCGAAAAAAAGGUGGAAGGCUUUGCGGGACACCUACCGGCGAGAGUUGCAGAAAAUUCCGGUUUCACGAUCUGGAGAUGCCGCUAACGAGUCUGAGAAAACCUCACAACAUGGGCCCAUUUCGCCAACGAAUGUGCGCCCCCUCCCGAGAAAAAAAAUGAAAACGACGAAAAACAACCAUGCUGAACGACUUCUAGAUAUCGAGAACAAGACCCACAAGGAACGGGACGAAGAUGAAACGAUCCUCGAAAGCCUUCUACCGCAUUUGAGAAAACUGACCCCCGACCAAAAGUUGCGCUGCCGAAUGGAGUUGCAGAAUGUUGUUCUUGAUCAUGCGUACCCACGGGGCCAUAAUGAUGACCUGAAUAUGUACGAUUGCAAGAUUGAAGCCGAAUCAGAUUAA